AUGAGUCCAGCAACAAUGAGCUUAAGAGCAGUGGCUCCAACAACAGUGGCCGCCAUCAGCACUGGCUGCGUGGUUGCUGGUGGUGGCCUCAGCUGCAACUUGCAUGUCUUUGAAUUGCACUACUUGCUGACUUCCUCUCUCUUGAUUUUUACAAGAGGUAACUUUUGCGCUGGAUAUGAUUUAAAGGAAUUUGCUGAAGCAGCCUUGAGGGGCUGGAUGGCCUCCUCCUGUUUCUAUGAACAUAAAUGGCGUAGUGGCAUCAGUGACGGACUUCGGGAUGAAGGGUCCCGAAUUCGAAUCCAGCCGGCUCCCCUGCACGCUUCCCAUCCAUGCUGGGCUAUGAGCUGCCUAUCCCGGAUACAGUUUUCAAAACCAGUGAUAACUGCAGUGAGUGGCUACGCUGAAGCAGGAGGAUUAGCAAUCUUGUUGUUGCCUGACUUCUGAGUAAUGGGGAGAAGUGCUAUCAUGGAAGUCUUCUGCAGGUGAUUUGGUGUCCCACUGAUUGAUGGAGGCACGGUAAGAUUAUCCAGGGCACUAGAUCUUAUUCUGACCAAACACCCCAUCAGUGCACAAGAAGCCUACGAAUUUAGCUUUGCCACUCGAGUUGUCCCAGUUGGUUAA